CAUUGGAUGUCAGGUAUCGUCCAUGUCCUCCCACUUUAACAAGCGUCCUUUGUGAAAACCAUAUGGCCAAUGUGACGUGGAUUUCGUGUUUCAAUGGCGGCUCCACUCAGACUUUUAAGCUCCAGUACAAAAAGAAGGGGGUUAAUUGGGUUGAAUUACUCAAGGAUAUAACAGACCCGGGUGAAGACUUGACAGUGAGCGAGGUUGUAGGGGGUCUUGAGGAGGGGGUACAAUACAGCUUCAGGUGUACGGCGUCAACAGGUGGAACAAAAGUGACACGACAGAUACGAAUUGUACAGUUGCAGUUUCAGCUAUUGCCACAGUAUCUUCACCCUCAUCCCUGGUGGGAGUUAUAGCUGGCGUGAGUACAACAGCCGCGCUUUUGGUAAUAGCUGUGAUCAUCAUAACAAUCCUUCUGAUAAUGAAACGACGGAAAAAAUCAGGCACAGACACAACACAGUCCCAAGGUCAAAGAACACUGCCCAAUCACCAGGAAAUGACAGAGGUUCACACCAAUGCGCGUGUCUAUCAAACCUUAAACCUGUCAUCAUCUUCCCCAGAGAUUCCCAUCUACGUCAAUUCUGUUCCGAGUACCGAGUAUGAGAAUACUUUCACACUGACAACGGAAAAUGACUCCACAGACCCAGCCUAUGAGAGACUGCAGACGAAUCCAGCACCCAUAGUUGACACCAAUCGUCUGUAUGAAAACACCAGAUUGACCUAAAAGCCCUGCAUCAGUGAGUGUCGGGAUCAAACCAAGCACUGUUGGUUUGCAAUCAAGUCAUUGUAUUUCAAACAGCGAAAGAUGCAUAUAUAUUCGGAUCAUACACGAUGCUAAUCCCAUGUAACAUCACACGCUGCGAGUUAUUUGUAACAUUACAUGUUAUUUGUUACAGUUGAAGUGUUAGUUUUGAGGAGCUGUCUCUUUUCAAAUUCUCAAAACCCCUUUUUCCGGUAUCUAUAUAUUAAUUUAAUUUUUAAUAUGGAAUAAAGCAUGUGUAUUUUACAAAUAGAAAAAAACUUGUAUAGUAUAUUAGAGGGUAUGAAGUUAACACAAAAGAGAUUUGUUUCUAAUUUAUGUGAAAUGUGUGCAGAGACUGAUGUACUUUUUAUAGCUCAGUGUGGCGGGCAGAAGUAAAAUCCAUGUGGCGGGGAGAAGUAAAAUCCGUGUGGCGGGGAGAAGUAAAAUCCGUGUGGCGGGGAGAAGUUAAAUCCGUGUGGCGGGGAGAAGUUAAAUCCGUGUGGCGGGGAGAAAUAAAAUCCAUGUGGCGGGGAGAAGUAAAAUCCAUGUGGCGGGGAGAAGUAAAAUCCGACGUGCUAUUUGUGAGAUAUUUUUCAGGCUGUUGUGUAAAAAAGAAGAACGUGUCUUGAUCUUUGUAUCAAGCUGACGUAAAUGAUAUUUAUGUCUUUGAAUCAAGAACACUGCGUUACAUACACAGUAGGGGAAGAGAGGUAGUCUUCAGCGAUUACACUGCUGCGCAAACGUUCACAACAGCAUCAUUGACCGCUUAUUGCCAUCUAGGCCUGCUUCAACAUUGAAAACCGGAAAAUCCAAAAAUUCCCUGUGCAAAGAUACAAUACAUUACAAUACAACGGCAAUGAGUACGUUUCACAGUCAAGUCAAGGAAGACAAGUAUAUUUAUAGAAAAAUUUCUAAUAAAAUCGUGGCGCGACGUUUAAAAUGCAAUCUUUGUCAUGUCAUUCAACAAUGACUACGCGUUACACCAUGUUGAGCUGAAAUGCCCUUAUUUUGUAUAUGACUCCGGAAGACAAUAAAUGCUGUGGUCUUUGUACAGUGUUUAGAAAUUAAUUUUUUAGAAUGUGGAAAGAACACGACCAUGUACGAUUUUACUCUGGUAUGGGGCUGCAGUUUAACAGCGAUUGUGGCGCCCGUGGGCAUUCAAACAGUUAAGAUU